UUUGUUCUAGUAUUUACCCUGCGGUGUAAAGCUGGCUCUCGCGCUCUCCGGUGUCCUUAAGUCACGUUCCAUUGUUCGCAAACGUUUCACCGUGGUUCCUCCUUCCAUCGCGGAGGGUCCCCUUUCAUUGUUCACCGAGUUUGUGCAUUUCUCCAUGGUGAACGCGUGAGAAUUGUGUGCGCCAUGUUCGCGCCGCGAGCAGCACGCGAUUCACCCGGCUACCGUGGCAAGUGAUACGUUUUUUUUCGGACCGCGAAGGGCUAUAGUGUGUGCGUUUAAAUACCGUCUCCACGGAGUUAAACACGGUGUGUGCGUCGUGUGUUUGUGAGUGCUACCGGUGGCCAGUCCUUGCCGUUAGGAAGGCAAAAGUCUAGUGGUUAUAAACGACGAGAGACGAGAGCACGCUGUUGGGACCGUGGAAUGCGCGCUGACAGAAAUGGAAGCAGGGAGUGAUGUACAGACACGAAGAAAAAGGAUAUAGAGUAUGAGGGUCCCCGAGGAAAAGCGGAAGGUACGUUCACAGCUCGGCGAAGCGGUUAAUGAUUGGGCGUCACCGUACGCAGCUGGCUACGUCUUUGUCGCCAACAGCUGGAGAUGAGCACGCAGGAGACGAACGCGACGACAACGACGACGACGUCGACGACGUUGGAAUCGUCGUCGAUGCUCGAGGUUGCCGCCGCUGAUGACGAGGGGGAGCCACCGACCUUGGGCGAAAUCGUCGACAUGGACCUGGUGAACGGACCGAAUCCGUGGCUUCCGGCCUACGGCUUCCAGCUCCAACACCAUUCCCAUUUUCAAUCCGACCACGAGGAUCUACGGACUAAUGACACGGUGCUAGUGCAGCAAGUCGACUUUUUAGAGACUAUUUUGGAGGAAACGUCGGACGAUCUGCAGAGCGACUCUGAUCGCAGCGGUACUGCGUACUGGGUCGGUUCUGAUUCGGAAACCGAAAGCGUGAUACACAUACGAGCGAAGCAGAGAUCAGCAGAUGAAAGACUAGACGGCGGGAGUGGUAGCGAGUGCAAUUCCGUGGUUCCGAAAAAGAGACGGCGCAGGAACAAUGGUACCAGCGACCGGGACCACCAAGUGACCUUCGAGGAUUAUCCAGCCUCGCCCAGAUCCUCGAGAUCGUCCGCGUCAUCGAGAUCCAGCUCUCUGCUGCAGUUCGAAUCGUUGGAGAGGACCUGCGCCACACUAUCGCCCUCCAGCUACAGCUUCGACUCGCUGGAGUACUCGAAUCGAUCCAACGCUUCCCAUCCAGAGAACACGUCACCCGACAGUCUCGAGCAGGACUACGACAGAGUUCUGCCAAAUGGUUUCGGGAACACCGAUCACUUUCCGAGGAUCAGGCCUUACCGCAGCUUCGAGAGCCUGGACACGUGUCAGAAGGAUGACGACUACGGGCACGCCGGGCUCACCAACGGUUUCGCACCUUUGUACCUGAAACGUAACUCGGAUCUCUCGAGGAUACGAAACAACGGGCAUCGUCCAAGGGACUUUUGGCACGACGACGAAGAAUACGAGGAUGACGAGGAGGAGGAAGACCUCGACGAGGAGGACCGCUUGCUGAAGGACAAUCGCGCGUGCUCCGAGAUCGAGGAUCGAUUGAUGGUCUUCGGCGACCCAGCGUGCAACUACGCGACGUCGGUGGACUACAGGAACACGAUCGAUUUGCGGGAGAUCGGCGUCGAGACGAAGAGGGACGCCCUGUUGGAUCUGAAGUCUGGCCAGGCGGCUGUGUCGAGUUCCUUUCGUCUGCUGCAGACCAGGUUAAAUAUAGCUGGUAGCAUGGCGCACACUCGCAACAACAUGGUUGCCGAUCAUCUUCAUCAUCAUCAUUAUCAUUACCCUGGUUCUCAUCACCAUAAUCAUCAACAGCAGCACCAGCACCAGCAUCAGUACGAGCAUAAUCAUGAACAUCAGCACAGCUACGAGCACCACGAGCCGCGGCAGCACAGUCAAGGGUGGAGCAACGACGAGUGCUUUAAUUUUAGAUUCACGGAUAAAUCUCAAAGCGCGCCCAGUCUGCCUAGCAGCAUCGACGAGUCCGCACACGAUCCACGCUCGUUGACGGGCAACGGUUCAUCAAGGGCAACCUCCUUCGUCUCCACGUCGAACCUCUUCGAGAAUUACACGAGGGUAGCUAGCGUGCCGGUCGAUCUGAAUCUCUGCGGCUUCUCCGCGACGUACGAUGAGCCGUGUUACCAACGCGUGAGCCACCACGAUCACGAAAUGGCGGAGAUCGCGAACGUACACGAGAAGAAACGAACGAACAGCCGCGAGGAGAGCCAACGGAACGGCGAAGACGCGACGGGACAGUCGAAGAGCUCUUUGACGAGCUCGGUGAGAACCCAACCGUCGCAGUGCGUUAUGGACAGCAAGAUGGAUCGCGAGUCGAUCGAGGAGAUCGCGAGGAACGAGGAGUGCGCGGCUGGCGAUCGUUGCCCGAAGCCACGGGAGAAGAAGCAGGUCACGUCGACGGUGAAGACCCAGGAUCGCGGGAACUGCGUGCUGGACAUGGCCAUCGCCAUGGAGAACGACAUGGUGGACGAGGCUAUCAAACAACUCAAACGCGAGGUCGAAGAAGCCACCGUAUCGAACGGCAGAUACGCGAUGGACGUUCAAAGAACGUUCUCGGGCAAGCAGAGACCGCACAGGGUGAAGAACAACGCCAGCUACGAGCUGGCCCAGCAGUACGAGAUCGACGAGAGAAGUUUUCGACCCAAUAGGUUCCGUAAAGAGAUCUCCAAAGAAAUCUCCAACGAACAGACACCCAAGUCGCCGAAAACUGCUUUCAGCGGACGGAAGCGAGUGUUGAACAACGCUAGCUACGAGCUAGCCCAACAGUGCGAUUAUAUAAAGGCUCUCCAGUCCUCCAGAGGUGCCUUCCAGCGAAUGGACGCGUGCGACGAGCUCGAGGAAUCGGGGUUCGGCCGAUCCUCGCGGCUCAGAGUCACCGACAUGGUGCAACAGAUGAGCAGUAGCUCCACGUCAAACCUCAGCAGCCCUUCCAACGAGCACCGUCUGGACACCAGGAAGUACUCCAAGUCCACGGAGGACAUAUUUUCGCAGUUCUCGACGGGCCCGUUCACCAGGGUACCGAUCGAACAGUUGGGCCAACGGCUGAAGAAACAGGAGGAGGAGGAGGAGGAGGAGUCCCUUCUUUCUCAGGUAAAAAAAAACUCGGAUCCAUUUUCAAUCUAUGGAGACGAUCCUAAUGCCCGUCCCGUAGUAGCCGACGAGAUAGAUUACCCCUGCUUGGAAACCAAACCCAUAGGAGCUUCUUCCAGCCUGGAGGGGGGCGCGAACAGCGCCCGCGGAACCCAGGAAAAAUCCCUAGAACUCGUGCACGCGAACAGAACCACGAACGUUGUCGAGCAUCCCGCGACCUACGAUCGCGGCGUUGACCCGAUGAAAAUCGGUGACCGUUACGCGGAGAACAACGCCGCGGUUCUUCGACGCCUGGAGGAGCAUCAGGCUCGGAUGGAGGACGUCGUCGACGAUGGUUCGUCGUCGAUGUGCAACAGGAACGCCGCGGCCGGGGAACGGCUGUGGAGGGUCAUAGUGGAGAAGCCGGCCGUGGAGAAAGAGGCUUCCGCGGAGAAGGUUGCCGAAGCGGAGGCGGCAGCGGAGACGGAGGAGAAGAAAGAGAGCGAGAAAGAGCAGCAAAAGCCGGCGGAGGAGAAGGCAACGGAAGCAGCGAGGGGACACACUGUCCACGGUGUUCGUGUCCCCCCACCCAGCGUUACCCACGGCCUGGAACCCAGUGAACGGAGUGGGAAUCCAGCGGUGGCCGUGGUAGUUGAUACGAAUCAUCGCGGUGAUCGCGACAAACGUCACGAGGAGAACGCGGCGGCAACAACGAUCACAGUUAGGGUAGAAGACGCGACGAUGUCGGCGACGACGACGACGACGACGACGACGACGACGAAACGGUCCUUCGUUACGCCGUCACCACCGAAGGACCCGUCCGCGGCCAGGAUUCAGAGGGGGAUGGCCGUAGACCCGAUCCCUCCGACCCCGGUCAAGGAAGAAAGGAAGAAGGGUGGUCUCGGUGGAUUCCUCCAGAGAUUCUCGAGGCUACGGUUCAGUGGUAGAUCGAAAGUGCCGCGGUCCGAGGUGCAGAAAAAGAGUGAUACGCUUGGCCAAGUGAAUCGCGGCAAGGUGAACGAGCAACAGACUAAAAAGGAGCCGGAUUACAUCAUCAUUCCGUUGCAUGCCCCGGAAGAUGAGAAGCGCAAGGACGAGUACGACGUCGCCGUGGACGCGAAGACGGACAGGAGGACACCCGGGGACGUUCAACGGAGCUCCUCCAACGUUAGCGCGAACGGGAGGGCGCCAGUGUCCAGCAAGCCGCCCCUGCCUCCGCAACCGCCCCGCGUCGGGGCGCUGAGCUCGAGACCGUCAGCGGCGGCGGCGGCGGCGGCGGCGUCUUCGUCGCGCCGACGCGCGGCCACGGACCUUGGAAAUCCGGCGGCCAUCGAGAUGGCGAAAGCCCGUGCGAUGCAGGCCGCCCAGGAGCGCCCGGUCGGCCUGCUCGAGACCGACCUCGACGAGGCCGUCCCGUCGACGACGACGACGACGACGACCACCGCCUCAACGAACGCCGCCGGCAAGAAGACCAGGAGUCUGCUCAAUCUGAAUCACACCUCGACCACCCCGCGACUAAGGCCCGAGCACGCCCUCCACGUACCCCAGUCGCCCGUCGGCGCUUCGCACAGGAGCCCCCAAGACGACGGCGCCGCCUCCACCAUCAAUCAACGGCCACACAAAUCCAUGGAGUUCCUCCUCGACAAGGAGAACCUGCAUUUCGUCAAGCCGCCGGAGAACGAGUUGCAGAAGAUUGGCGAACGGGUACCCAGCGAGCACGAGCUCCGAGUACAAAGAUCUCUGCAACGACUGAACGUUCCCGAUUGGUACAAGAACUCUCCCGCGGCUCGCGAUGGUUUCCGGUUGAAGAGGCACUCCGACGCGUCGCAGCACGGAGGAUGGCGUGCUCUGGGCUCGAAAACCACUUCCCUCUCGUCCCUUUCGUCGUCUUCCAAUAGGCAGCCGACUACAGGUGCCCUUCUAAGUCCAAGUCCUACGCCACCUGUAUUCUCGAGAUGGAGCACCAGUCUGCUGAACAGCGCCGGAAGUUCGCCAGCAAGUUCGGCGAGGUCGUCGUUCAAUCAUCGACAGCCAUAUUUGGGUUGGCGUUCGCAGGAACGAUUGACAAAUCCUCGAACACCGGCCGAACGUCUUGCUCAGGGUAUUCUUCCCCAGUUGCAAGCAGCAAACAAGCAGCAACAGCAGCAACAGCAGCAGCAACAACAACAGCAGCAGCAGCAGCAGCAGCAGCAGACAACGAAUCAGCAGCUAGAAGUAAGGAACUCGAUAAAGGAGGUAACCUCGGCCAUUGUGCACUACGUGCAAAGCGGUCAGGAGGUUGCUGGAGGUGGCAGGCUCUCGCCUCGCCCUCGACCCGAAGACUGGGAUGACAGGGGCGGAGCAAGGUCAACCAGCCCCAGAGGGAGCGUGAAGCUGUGUUGGAUGGAGAGCUCGUUCGUUGGCACAAGACCCGUGGACUCACCGGAGACACCGAUGAGUUUGGCCACGGAGACCGACUGCUGUCCAGGCUGCAACGCCACGGGCACUGAGUCCUGCAGUUGCAUCGACUCCGCGACUUCCGGUCUGUUCUUGGAUUUGACGCCCACCCGCGACGACGGCCAGCUACAACAGCAACAGCAGCAACUAGGCGGAGGCAGCAGUCUCUGUCCGUCGCCGUCAUCGUCGCUCAAUUAUCACCACCACCAUCCCCAUCCCCAUCACCAUCACCGUCAGCUACACCAUCAACAGCAACCGCAGCAACAGCAACGCCAUCACCGCGGAUCGGGCCAGAGCGAUUCGGACGAGGCGAUGGCGACGGCAGCUCUUCUGCGGAACAAACCGAGCCCCGGUUCCACGACCCUGGAGGACGUCCUUGACUCCCUCCUCGGGCUGCCAUCCGCGUCGCGUACCCCGAGUCCUGGGCCAGGACCAGUCGUAACCGGCACAUCCGCCACCAUGCGACAUCGAACUAACGUCGGCCAGGCUAAUGCGAAAGCCGGGAAGAGCUGCAGCGACCUACGCCAAGACCUCCAAGAGUCCGCUAGAAGUGUGAUGGACGUGCAAGGAGCCACCGAUGAGCGUGCUUCGUACUACGUGGGUGAGCUCGUCAGACGGAAGAGCGAGGGCAGCGAUUCGAUACCGUCGAAGGCGACGACGAUGCAGUCGAGAGGUGGCCCGCUGCGUCACCGACGUGUCUCCUUCGACAACAACCAGGAGUCGAACGGUUUGAUGGGGAACGCCGGCGAGAAGAUAGUCCGUUGUCGCAACAACAAGUGCGGCAACUCCACCAGCUUGGCCGAGGCGAGGAGAAGCUACAAGAGCUGUCACAACUGUACCUGCCUCUACUGUUCCCGAGAGUGCAGGAAAGCGCAUUGGCAGCGUCAUCGGCGCACCUGUCUGCACUCCCGAGCCGGUAGCCUCUGCAAGCAGGUGUUGUCCUCUGCCAAGGAGGAUCCCAUUACGUUGAAGCAUAUCUCGGCGCUGGCGAAACGUGGCUACGCGUCUCACGGUCGCGGCGCCGUCAAGUGCUUCUUCUCCAGCCCCGAAGUGGCGGAGAAGUUCAUCGGGAACGGAUUCGUGGAUCUUGGCGAGCCCACUUACGUCAGAUGGUCGGAUCUACUCGCCAGCGAGAUGGGACCGGACCUGUACGCCGAGGUGAUACGGCUGUGCAAGUCGUACAACCCGGACACCAGGCUGGUGCUGUACGUGGCCGUUUGCGUGGUCAGCGAGGUCCCUACCAGCGGAGCCGUUAAGUGGGAGCGACAAUUGGUAUCCAGAUGCGCCAAGAUUCACUUGGACUCCGCCAGCAGACACCACACGUCCUCGUCGUCCGCCUCGCCGCAGGGCAGGCAACAGUCUACCUCGCCCUGCAAUAUCACAAGGGAGAUGGAAUCCCCCGAGAUGCUGGUGCUGACGUCGUUACCGGGAAACAACAGACAGAACACCCCCAAGAAGAUCAGGGAGAUCAGCUUCACGAACAUCCAGGGACAACUGAAGCUACGGGGCGUGUCAUUGAGAAGACACUUCCCUCAGGUAUACAGGAAGCUCCGUGCUUACGUGGACGGGACCGUAGACAAAUUCGCGCCAGUCACCAUCUAUCCGCGAGACCAGGCGUCGGGGAAGAGCUUCGUGUGCAUCAUCAUACUCGACGUCGAGCCCGAGCGUCUUCAGCUACUUCCUACGGAUUCAUCUAGGGUCAGAACCGUCGACAUUAGCGUCGAACAGGAAUGAACAACCGUUCCUUCGUUAUUAGAUCGAACAAUUUUUUUUACUAAACUUACGAUCGGUAAGACUUAAAUUGCAGGCCGCGGUUCAACGGGCGAGAACGAAGGUUCGAAGGUUCGCCGAGUUUCAUCUUCUGGCCAGGGCCCCUGGAUGAAAGGAAACUUAUAUCUUGACCGUAUCGUCCGCGAGCGAAACAGCUGAAGAGAGGUCUCGGUGUAGGGCGUGUAGUAAAUUGAACGAUAGCGAAUCGUCUCUUGAGAAGAGACCUACUCGGUCUUUGAGGGAAAGAUGAGUCGAUUUGGCAAAUCGAGGAUGCCUCGAGUGGUUGAUAUUCUAGAACGCUUAGCGUGGAGCAACGAACAAAGUAUACGGACGAAAUAGACUCUCCGUUGUCGACUCUCUCGACUUGACUCGGUUCGAGAUAGGUCUGAUCGUGUGUACUCGUAGUCUGCGAUAAACUUUGCUGGUACACGUUACGUUACAAUUCUCCGAGUUGUUCAUUUUUAUCACCUCGAUAUCGAAGAAAGUCUUUCGACUGUUGUCCAACGACAAACCGGUUCUCGUGGAUAUCUAACGAACGUGUUUCCCCAUGGUAACUGACGUCUGACGCCAGUGUCGUUCGCGAGUCUUGUUCGUCGACCUUAGAGUACUCCUCGGAAUUGCUUCGGUAGAUCAAAAAGAAAUUUCUCGAUUUGGUUGUUGCUCUAUCAGAUGUUUAUUAAUUGUAUCGAUCGUCGUAGGAAUCGGCGAGUGUUCGCGAUGACACUGCGGUUUCUGGAUCUUUAUGUCAAAAUUAUUGGGUUAUUCGGAAAGCUUGCGCCGACUUGCGUGGACCUUCAAAGAUUCAGAUAUAUUUGUUUAAUUAUUAGGGUGUACCGAAAGUUUUUUCUAAUUUGUCUUCUUUUCUUUCUUUGUCGUGUUUCAACGAAUGUUCAAACUAAAUAAAACUAAACAAAUUUUAUGUCACCAUUGUG